GCGACAGGUGAGAGCCUGUGCUCUUCGGUGGCACUUGGGGACAGGCUGUGCCCGGCAGCUGGCUUAGCUUCCGCAGUUCCAGGUGAGCGGUCCUGCCCGCGCCUGGGCGUGGUCGGGGGCGGGACCCGUCUUAGCCCCGCCCAUAGAGGGCCCUGCCGCGCCGCUGCGGCUCCGCCCCCCUCCUUCCGUCAUCCGCUUCUUCCGUCGGUGGUUUCUUCCUUCCUGCCUUGUCCCGCACCUUUCGCGACAUGGGGAAGAGCUUCCAUUUCGCCAGCGCCACCUGAGGAUUUCCUGGAGCCGCCACCCCCCACCUCCCGCGAUGGAAGACGAUCAGGAGCUGGAGAGGAAAGCCAUAGAGGAAUUGCUAAAGGAGGCAAAGCGUGGGAAAACCAGAGCGGAGACAAUGGGGCCGAUGGGCUGGAUGAAGUGUCCUCUUGCUGGUACAAAUAAAAGAUUCCUAAUUAACACAAUUAAGAACACACUGCCCUCCCAUAAAGAGCAAGACCAUGAACAAAAAGAGGGCAGUAAGGAGCCCGGCAAAAGCCAAGACCAGAAGGAAUCCAGUGGGAAGAAGCACCGAAGCCACUCAUACAAGCGCAGCCUUCACUCGUCCCGGGGCUCCGCGGGCUGCUCUCCUCCACGGAAGCGGACCUCCCGGACCUCCCGGGACAAGUGCGACUCACGGCCCAGCAGGCGAUGAGACAGAGCGGCAGGGCUAGCCCAGCCCAGCACUGCACCUGCCACUGGGCACAGCAAGGAAGACAGGGAGGUGGCCGGCUGACACCUGAGAGGGACUUUCUCAGUGGGUCCUUUGUUUUAAGGAGGCUGUUGGUACUGUGUGGUUGUUCUUGUUGCUGUUGUUGUUGUUAACAGGAGAAGAAAACUUUACUAAAACAAAUCUUAACUACCUUAUCCUGAAGGUGUCGCGGUGAGAGCAGGCUGCCUCGGCAUGGCCCCCGCACAUCCGUGGUGUCUUUACCCUACCUUACGUGGAAGUUCGUUUCAAAACAGGCAGUUUUAGAAUUUGAGAUUUUGAGAUUGUUUAAAAACUCCUAGUUUUUUGAUGUACUGCUCUUUUGUGGUCAUUUCCCAGAAUUUCUCAAAAAAUCAAUAAAAUACUUAGAAAUGCGG